AUGUCCCAACAGACAUAAUAAUGUUCAAACUGCAGAGCACUUAUUGCAGAUACAGUAUUUGCAUUGCAUGAAAUCUAUUGCAUAAGAAAUAACAUAGAAUGUAAAAGAUGUGGAUAAUUUUUUGAUAAAAAUGAUCCAUAAUCUCAUGAAGAAGAAUUUCAUAAAGGCAUUGUAUGUGAAUUUUGUAAAGAAAUAUUCUAAGGUACUAUAAUAAAACAAUAUAGAUAUUUCAAAACAUACUAAAUGUUUAAAAAAGCCAGUUUAAUGUAUACACUGUGGAUUGGAUUAAGCUAAAGAUUUAAUAUUUUAACAUGAAAACAUUUGUGGUAGUAGAACAGAAAAGUGUGAUAUUUGCAAACAAUAUAUAAUGAUUAGAGAAUUAACAAAACAUGUAGCUACAUGUGUACCACCAUCAACAUAAAAAGAAAUAGUUUAAGAAAAAUAAGCAACUUAAAAAACAGUUGAAAAUCGAUAAAUUACAUAAUAACCUUAAUAAAAUGUAUAACCAUUCAAGCCUGAUUAUAAAAACUUUGAUCAUAAAUAUAAGUAUCAAGUUGAAGCUGAAUAAGUUAGCAGACCUUAAUAAUAGUUAUAAGCAAAGCAUGAAAUAUUUGGUUAUGAAAAACCAUCGAUACCUUAUAAUUAAUAAUAAUAAUAAUAAUAAUAAUAAUAAUAAUAAUAAUAAUAAUAAUAAUAAUAAUAAUAAUAAUAAUAAUAAUAAUAAUAAUAAUAAUAAUAAUAAUAAUAAUAAUAAUAAAUUAGAUAACCAAUAAAUAAGUAUGAAAAACACAUUGAAGCUAGAUUAGAUAAUUAUUCUUAAAAUCACAAAAUUCCAUAAUAAUAUUACAAUGUUAAUUAAUAAUAAUAAUAACAGAUUACAGUUGAAUAAAAAAAUAAACCUAAAGAUUAUCCUCUUUAACCAACGACAAAUCUUAUCAAAAGGUAAGCCUCAGGAAAUUAAGAGAUUAAAAAUGGUUAUCCUUAUUAAGAAAAAUUAGGUGAUAAAUAUAUAAAUCAAUUGUCAAAUUAACAGAGACUUCCAGAUAGAAAAUUGAAUGAAUAACAAAAAUACGAUCCUUAUUCCUAUUUAAAUAGAUAAUAAGAAAAUAAAUUUUAUGAAAAUAAAAAACUUGAGAAUAGAAUUAUCGAUCAAAAGCCAUCAGAUUAGAAUUUAUAAAGAUAAUAUAGUUAAUAAGCUUAACCAACAAAAUAGUAUAAUAAUUUAUUAUAAUUUAGAUAGUAAUCUAAAGCUGUUGAUAAUGAUAUAGAUUAUCUAGCUUUGGGUUUGACAAGAGAAGAAAUUGAAUAAUAGAAAGUCUAUUUAGAAAGCUUAUAACAAUAAAGAAAGCCUUUAGAAUCAUAACCAAAAUCUCGAUUAGAUUAUUAUUAAGCAGCCAGAGCAUAUAAAUGA